AUGUUGUUAGGAAAUAGUGGAGGGAAUGCGAUGUUGCCGAAUGAGUUUCGGCGCUCGUGUGGUUUAACUUCACUGUUGCAGCGCAGUGUACAGUUUCUCAGUGGACUUCGUCGUGGUGUGAUAUCCCCAACAUUAUCAUCAUUAUCUUUAUCAUCUCUUAACUUAACGUUUCCUUCACUGCGUGGACAAUGCUUACAUAUACAUGAGGAAAAACAAGAACAACAAGAACUUGAGAAUUUACUUAAUCGUGCGGAUAUUGCAGGAUGUUUACUCAAUACAAAGACGCACAUGGCGGAAGUUCAAACUUCGCUGCUUACGUCACUUUUUGCAAAGCCGCAUUGGAAUAACACUAUUACACAUUCUAUGACUGGACAAGCCGUCGCCAAACUUGAGAAGGAGAUAACGGACAAUGUGGCCAUUCUUCUUCAUUUACCAUCACGCUUCUUCUGGUUACCAUUAACAUCAGAGGAAGAAAGACUUCAAAGACUAAACUAUUUAUCCUUACAGCAACAACAACACCAACAGCAACUACUUUAUCAUACCUCUUCUGAUGUAUCAGUCCUUAAAUCACAGAGUCCAAUAUUGCAUAGCAGCAAUACUAGUACUUCUAUUAAUAAUGCUAUUAAUAAUAAUAAUAAUCUCUCUGGUGGUGGUGGAAUACUACAUGAGACUUCAUUAGAGAGUCUUAUUGUACUUCUUACCACUGCACGUGCGCAAGCGCAUGCACGGUAUCUUAGUGCACACUUCACUAGCCCAGAGGAUGAAUCACGAUUAACGCAACGAUUAGUUUUAUACUGUAGUGAUCAGUGUCAUCCACUGCUAAAGAAGGCUGCUCGCUGUAUGGGCAUUCAACACAUACGUGUGCUUCAAACCGUAUACUCACCAUAUACGCAUAAUUACCCUAUGCAAGUAGAUAGAUUGAAAGAAGCACUUGCAGAGGAUGUAGCGAAAGGACUUUAUCCUUUAAUGGUUUGUGGUGUAUUUGGAGCACAUGCCACUGGAGCUGUAGAUCCACUUGAGGAGUUGGCAGAUUUGUGUCGUAGAGUUAAACUUUGGUUUCACAUUGACGCAAGUCACUCAGGUAUGGCAUUAGCAGCAGAUUAUAGUUCUACCAUUCCUCUGGAACACUAUGGUUAUUAUUCUAACAAUAAUAGUGAUAAUAAUAAUAAUAAUAAUAAUAAUAAUAAUCAGCAACAUCAAGAAGUAAAGCAGGAAGAUAAUAAUCUUUCUAGAAUACCGGUAUUAAAUGAAAUGUGGAAUUCAGCAGCAGCAGCAGAAACAUCAUGGGAGCAAAACGUCAUGACAUUCCGUAAUGCUUCAUCCUUUGCUGAUUCUAUUCAUUUUACUAUAUCUAAUUCUUUUUUACCAACAUUAUCAUCAGUCUCCUCUGCUUCAUUACUCUAUGUUGAUAAUAUUUCUAAAGUUGCAACGGCAUUACAACGUAUGAAUGCUGAAGAUGAGGCAAGCGCAAAUAUGUGGUGUACUCCCAUGAUUACAGAUAUGUCUCGUUUACGACUUCAUUAUCCUGAAAUGCGUUCCAAUGAAAUAAUUCGUCUUGCUUUAACAUUUUUUCAACAAAAGAAUGUUUUCUCUAUUUCUUACAAGGUACGAUCUCAUCAAGUUGCUAUGUCUUAUUUGGAGCAACGACUACGUGCAGAUGGACGUUUUGAUUGUUCAGUACAUGCUUCAUACUUUGGUAUGGUAUUAUUUCGCUGGCUCACACUUGCUGAUGAAGAGACAGAAGCUCUUAUGUGGCGUUGGAGCUCAAUUCUUACAUCUUUGAAUAAUGAAAAGGAUAGUAAAAAGGAUACACCAUGUUCUUCUUCUCUACCACGGGUAUUUCUUGGCCUUGCACGGGUACAAAGACGACUUCAUAUCUGUGUUGGAAUAUCUUCAGGAUCCAAAAAGAAUAUUAGUGAGAAUGAGAAUGAAUAUGUAAGUAAAGGGGAUGUAGAUGCGCUUAUGGAUACCCUUAAAUUAGCUGCCGAUUCUUCUUUUACUACUGAAAGGAAUGAUGAUUCCCCUACAGAUAUAUCACGAGGUGUUGAAAGAAAAAAGAAAGAGUAA